CCGGGGCAGCCUUUGUCAGGGCCUUGAGAUGAAUUCCAGCCCCAUGAUUGCAGCUGCCUGUGCUGUCAGAGCGACUUAGUCUGAGCGCGGCUGAACCAGCAAGCAGCGCUGCCUCACUGAAAACAACCAGCAUGGCAGGUAAGAUUCAGUCCCUGACGGCAGAGGAGAGAGAUCAUUUGCUCCCUCUACUACGGAACGCACAGUGGGUGGAGGUGGUGGGAAGGGAUGCCAUCUACAAGGAGUUCGUCUUUAAAGACUUUAACCAGGCUUUUGGCUUCAUGUCACGAGUAGCACUGCAGGCUGAAAAGAUGGACCAUCACCCAGAGUGGUUCAAUGUCUAUAAUAAGGUCCAGAUUACACUGAGCACACAUGACUGCGGAGGGCUGUCACAGCAUGACAUCACGCUAGCUACCUUCAUCGACCAGGCCUCGGUCCUCUGAGGAGCCGCCAAAACAAGCAUGUCAGACAAACGUCCAUCUGUGGGACUAAGAGGCGCAGCAGCGACUUUCAGAGGCCUGUUAUUGUCUGUUGAACAGUGGAAUUCUCAAAAUAAUUGACUGGUGUUAACAAAGUGACUGUUUUACCACAGGGGAAAAAAAGAUAUUUCAUUUGUGGGAUCAAAGACAUUCCUGCCUUCACCUCCAUUUCAGUGACCUGCCCAAAAUGGUGACUACUCCCCAAACGGACCACUAGUUAUAAGGCAAUAUGUCCAGGCUCGUGGUUCAUAACAGUGCAAAUCACUAUCACAAAAGACUCCUAACAUCAUCUCAUGUUCAAAUGCGUGGUCAUACAUUUUCAGCUAAAUAAAUAAAUAAUACUAAAAAACUGUGUUUGUUGUUGUCGGCACAGACCGGAAUACAAUGAUAAUACAUUCCCGGGACUUAAAUAUAACCAACAAACUAAGGGAAUGGGGAUCCUUCUUGUAAGAAAAAGCAAUCUAUCAAACUCCUGAUCAAAUCUUUACCUUGCCAAGAGUGCCAAACAGUUUGCUAAAAGGGCACUGAGACCAAGAAUUUGAAUGAUGGAUAGCAGUUUAUGAAGGUUUACUGAAACGUAUUAUUGUGGGUCCAUUUUUUUUAUUGCAGAAAUGUUGUGCCUUCCCCUGUGAAAUUUUCACUUGUGAUGUGUAGGGGCCAUGUUGUAACUUUCCUUGUAGAUCCUUUUGUGAACAGAAGCAAAAUAAAAUUGGAAAUGUCCUAACCCA